CAGCACCAGACUGCUUUGUGGCGGGUUGCCUUGAAGAGUGGGGUGGAGAGCGGAUCUGAUGCCGAACUCCCUCUAAGCCUCCGUAGAUAUUAUCUUUGAUGUGGCGUUUUAUGAACGUAUUGUUCGAACGUCUCGUCUUCUUGUAAAGCUUCUGGUGAUAAAACCUCGGUGAUCCUCCGCCCAUCCUCGAGUCUAACCGCUGCUGACACACCACCCGGAUUCAUUUCUCCUCAGUGCCCCCCUUAAAUUAAUAAACUAUGGAUAGAGCGGAUCUUAUUCAGAAGGCCAAGCUGGCCGAGCAGGCUGAACGCUACGACGACAUGGCAGAUUGUAUGAAGGAGGUUACAGAGAAGGGAGGCGAGCUGUCAAACGAGGAAAGGAACCUGCUCUCCGUCGCCUACAAAAAUGUGGUCGGAGCGAGGCGAUCCGCAUGGAGGGUGUUGUCCAGUAUCGGUAUGAAGACCGAGGGGAGCGAAAAGAAGCAGCAGAUGGUCAAGGAGUACCGAGAGAAGGUGGAGAAAGAGCUGGAGGAGAUCUGCAACUGUGUUUUGAAACUGCUGGACAAUUAUUUGAUUGAGAAUUCCACAAAUCCAGAGAGCAAAGUCUUCUAUCUAAAGAUGAAGGGGGACUACUACAGAUACCUCGCUGAAGUCGCUUCUGGAGACAACAAAUCAAAGACCAUUGAGAGCUCCCAGCAAGCAUACCAGUCUGCAUUUGACAUCAGCACCACUGAGAUGGACCCGACGCAUCCCAUCCGCCUGGGCUUGGCCCUUAACUUCUCCGUCUUCUACUAUGAGAUCCUCAACUCUCCAGAUAAAGCCUGUGAACUGGCCAAAAAGGCGUUCGACGACGCCAUCGCAGAGCUCGACCAGCUACAUGAGGAGUCCUAUAAAGACAGCACCCUCAUCAUGCAGCUCCUCAGAGACAACCUCACAUUAUGGACAUCGGACAACGCGACCGAAGAGGGCGACGCUGGAGACGGAGAGGCUGGCGAUACCGAAAACUAAAGCAUGAUGGCCCUUCUUAUUGGGAUUAUCUCCAAAAACAACAGAAAAAACCACAAAAAAAACUUUUUACAUAUUAUUCAUUCCUUAAUGAUCCACUCAAACAUUCUGACAGGUAAUCCCACAUUAACAAAAUGAUUCAAUUUACACCUCAGAUUGGAGAAAAGAGCCCUCCAUCCCUUCUUUCCUUCAGUUAUUUGUUUAUUUACUCCCUUUCUAUUUGAGCUUUAGAGAAAUUAUUGAUACCCCGACAAGAGUCCACUUUAGGAAGAAGAGAAACUGGAAAUUUUAGUUUUCCAUUAUGAUUUGUGUCCUAUUAUAAGAAAUACAAAGUUUCCCUUGUAAUCCUUUUUAGAGUGUCUGUCUCUAAACAAAACAAAAAAAAA